CGACUAUCUGGUCGUCGGCUGUGAUGGAAAGACUCUUGAUGGACGCGGUACUUGUAGAUAUCGUCUCCGCCAUCCGACCUGCACGUUAAUCCUUCUACUAGUAUUCUGUCGAGCUGAAGGUGAUGUGUCCACGUAUGUUCCACGUAUUCCACGGUCAUACGCUCCGCGUUCGUCAUUUGGCCCGUUCCGUCCUGUUGUCAUCUGAGGCUAGCGCAUGCACGUAAUCAGCAGCCUCAGUCGAGGUGCACCAUCCAGCUACGGUGUCAGCGCCUGGCGGAAGAGUAUAUCGACAUCGACGUCGAAAGUAGUCCAGAUCGUCACGAGAAGGUCAUUGCAAGCGAUGGCGUCAGGAGCGAAAAGCGCAGAUACCCCGAGACCGUCGGCAAGCGUGAUCGUCGUCAAUCACCUCAACGAGAUCCUGCUCGUCCACCGGAAUCCAAAGUCUCAAUCGUUCGGUGGUGUACAUGUCUUCCCAGGAGGGAACUAUGACGAGAAGCAGGACGAUACGCUCGAGCUUACGGCAAUCAGGGAAGUCUUCGAGGAAACUGGCUUGCUCCUCGCGUCAUCGUCUGCAAAUCGUUGGCCCUCAGAUGCUGAGCUGGAUGAUUCAAGAGAGGCAAUCCAUGCUCAGAGGCAGCUCUUCCGAGACUUUUUAUCGCGUUUCACCUUGACGCCAGAUACGUCUUCUCUACUGCCCUUUACGCAAUGGAUCACACCGCCGACGAUGCCUAGGCGGUUCCACACCAACUUCUACGUGACGUUCCUCGACAGCGCCUCUGCCACAGGUUUCACAUCCGGAGGCAAACGGGAGCAGUUCCCUACCCCAGACGGUGGGAAGGAGGUGAUUGAAGCGCGAUUUGUGCACCCUCAGAAGGCCUUGGCGGAGUGCAGAGCUCACCAGAUCGCCCUCAUGCCUCCUCAGGUCUAUCUUCUCGACAUCCUCGCCGAUAUCCUACGUAGCGACCGGAACACGGACAGCCAGCGCGACAGGGUACGCGCGCUCUCGACGGGCACGUUUGGCCGCAUUGUAUUCCAACCGCACAUGCUUUCUGAACGCGAUGCCGAUGGCAACACAAUUAUGACCUAUGAAGGUGACGAGACAAGGGGAGGGCCGAAGGGCCGUUUGCAUCGUAGUCUGGUCAAAUGGGGGAAAGGAGGGAUUGCCACGGAUGUUGUGGUGCAGCGAACAUUUGAUGUUUUCUCGGACAGCGAAGCACGGUCGGCAGUUGCAAGCUCGAAGUUCUGACAUCCCUGCUAUU